AUGUCAGGCGAAACAGGCGGGGACAGCGAUAACCAGGCGGCCAUGCGCAGCAUGGACGAGGUCGGAACACCUCACAACCUACAGAUGGGAAGACUUUUCUACCACUUUAGAUCUACUCCAGAUCCCUCUGUAAGUCGAGAGACAGUUGUUGUUCCUCAAUUGGAUUGGGAAGGAGUGAGAAAUGAGAUGGAGCGAUUGUCCAUUGAGAAUCAGAGACUGAAGGAUAUCAUCAUCUCCAUGCACCUCAAUCCUCCUGCAACAGGCAGUUAUCGGAGCUACCAGGGCCAUGCAUCAUCAACAUCUGCUGGGAACGGUCACAAUCUCGAACGAAUCAUAGGGGCAGGAAGCCUUACUUCAAUUUCAUCAGUCCCAUCCCCGGGAUCAAGUGUGCGGCAUGAUGGCAGUGUUGCUGAUGAUUCUGUGUCUAUCUCUUCUUUAUCGUCAGAUCGAACCACUACUAUUACUAAAGCUUCUACUGUCCCAGCCAAUUCACAACCAGAAGAAUUUUUCGACUGCGCGAGGCUCGAAACACCGCCCGACAUUUCAUAUAAUGCCACUUCAGAGAAGGAUGUUACACUGAAUGAAAGUGACGACUCUUUAUCAGAUUGUAGCACAAUUCGGAUCAUCGAAGUGGAGGACGCUUUUUCACAUAUUGAUGUUGAAGCAGAAGACCAAAAUGUUGGUGUUAAUAAGCAGUCAGACCGCGAAGGUGAUAUCCUUAUCGGUGUGGUUAGCGAAUCAGAACCGGGAUCCGAGUAUCCCAGCCGCCUAAGACCUUCAAACAACUCACUCAAUGCCCACGCUAUUUCAAGUGUUGAGCAGGGUCAAUAUGGAACAACAGACUUCUGGGUAAACCAGAGAAAUAGUGCAAGGUCCAGUGGACACUUGAACUAUGAUGUCCCGGAGGACUUUGAUCCCGAGCAGGAUGAUGUUUUGAGCGACGUUGAAACCGUCCGGAGUGAUGAGGCGCUGACAGCCUGGGGAAUUGAGCGUGAAACGGCCUCUAUAGAAACUCGACCUUCGUCUAAUGAGAAAGGUAUUGAACACGAGAGUACUUGUAGUGAUGAUGAAGAGGGGUGGGAAGAGUUCCCGAAAGAAAUCAAUUCAGCACCAAAUCUUCGUUUGUGCAAUUUUCAAACCUUCCCAAUCCCAAAUUCGCCGGGAAAUAUCUCCCGAGCUAUCGGCAACAUCAAAACCGAAUCUAGCUACUUGGGGGAAGAUGGUGCUUCAACUGUCACUGGAGAUCAUUUCUCGACGAGCACAACCAAACCCCUUAUGAAUUAUAGGGUGCAUGCUAUUACCAAAACAAAAGAAAAGGCCAACAGUCAUGAAAAUUUGGUUGAUCGGUUUGAGGAAAAGAAGUUGGAAAUAGAUGAGAGGGACGGAAUGUUUCAGGACAGGCACUCUACGUUAGCUCCUGCCAGCUGCACGGGAACUGAAUCCUAUAUUUCCCCACAUUCGAAGCUUUUUUCUGAUCCCUCAACCCAACAAAGCUUCGAUGCCUACGGUCAUAACAUGACCCCCUUGACUCCCGUUACGUUAACAAGUCCUGCAGGACAUAUAAGUCGGUCUCAAAAGUCAGUUGAAUGGAUGAAUCUUAAGCCGACAGGUAUGGAUGAUAGUGCUCGCAUUCAACCUUCUAGUAAGUUCAUAUCUGAAAAUGAGCGCAUCCUCUCGUCUUUUGACCCUAUGGAUGAUGUUAUUUUCAUGCUAAAGUCUAAAGGCGAGAAAAACACCCUUGAGACAUCUGAUAUCACCAAGAACCAAGAAAAGUCUGUGAAUGAGCCAGGAAAUGAUGAAAGUUCUGUCCGAAUUCCAGGGAUUAAAGAGAUGCAAUUUCAAGCCCUGAAAGAGAAGGGGCAAGGGGACAUUAGCUCUGGAAAGGUAGAGCACACCGUUGACAAAACGCCGAAAACUGAACCGAAAAUCAGCCUUGAAACUCACGCUCAGGAAACGUUAGCCAAAAAUGUGGGGACACCAGUCAUUAUUAAUAAACCUUCUCCAAGAGUUACACCUAUAGUCAACUUUUCAGCGAAAGGAAAACAGGGAAAAAUUACCGGAGUCAUUCCAAACAUGCCUAACAGAGUGCCAAAGGCUAGUCGUAGAAUUUCGUCUCCUACUACACUCAGAAGUAGAGGCUUGAAUGUUACUGCAUCUCCAAUGGUAAUUUCAGCAAAGGAGCAAAGCCGUUUGGAGGAGCCAGAACUCCAUCACAAAAAGUCUAUUCGUUUUUGCGACGUAUUAACCUCGAACCCGAUGAAGCCCGAAUCUCAGGCCACUAAAGUCGACGUGAAUAAGCCCUUGGCCUCCAUUCUAAAAUCAACACCUGCUGAGCCACUAACACAUCUCCCGGACAAUAAUCGCAUAUACAAUUACGAAUACAUCAGGGAAGUGGUUGUUUAUAACCUUCCGAAUGAUGUCACAUUGUCUAGCCUCCUUAGACAGGUCAGGGGUGGACUACUUGAGAAAGCCCUCAUAGAUUCACAUGACUUGUCGGCUCGACUAGUUUUCGUGGAGCCUGAGGCUGCUAGGAGGUUCUACAAUAACAUUCACAGAAUUGGCUUCUUUGUGCAUACAGAGAUCCCUGCGGCACAGUUUUCCUUAAAAGAAAGAUUGAUUCAGUGUAGCCUUCGCGGGUUCAUAUGGACUAAUCAUUCGUGCGAGAUUCCCGUGCAUAUGAUUCAAAACAUAUGGAAACACGGCAUCACUCGGUGCCUAAUCAUCAGUAAUUUCCCAAGAGACAUAGGAGUUAUGAGGCUCCUCGAAGAUGUUAUGGAGCUCUUAGGUUUGCCAGCUGUUGAGACAAAAUAUGUUAUCGAAGGAGCUUCAACCGAUCGGGAUUUAUCAAGUACUGGCGUAUUCGUACGCAUUGGGUUCUCCUGCAUUCAGUAUGCUUUCAGAGUAGGCAAAGAUUUAUCUACAUAUUCGCCGCUCUACUCUAGUAUUUCUAUAUCACACGACAGAGAUCCAUGUGGGGGGUUAAUAAACAUGGAACCACCUAGCUGUUGGACAGGUGGAAAGGAAAUUGGGAAUGAUAGGCCAGCGGCCUCGUCGCCAGCGGUAAAAUCACAAGCGCCAGCCAAAAAAUCAGCGCCACUUGCAUACACUGCUGCUCCAACGAAGCCGACGAUGAAUGUCCGUGCCGAUAUCGUGGCUUUGUGGAAUCAGUUUGAUGACCAAAGUCACCCUGUUCCUGUAGAAAAAGGGCCGGUAAACCCACACUUCACAGCCAGUGCUCCUCCAGUAGCAGACAUCACUAUUGCGUUCAAAGGGUUUUCAAUCCCAAAGAAAACACGAAAGUCACCUGGAGAAUUUAAUCUUAAUAUUGCUCAUGACAAAAUCAUUCCACAAAAGGUCCAGAUCGAAAGGAGCACUAUCCAGGAUACUCCACCACCGGCGGUGCUUGAGCAGGUCACUUAUGACAACUGGGGGGUCGGUCUCUCAACAAAAGCACCACAACCUCCACUAGGCGCUCAUUGGAACUACGGAGGACAGGAUGUGGCACGUGAAUAUAAUGAAGCUAUCACCAAAAAAGCUCGCAGGAUGCCGGAAGUCCUUAAUACUCCCGAUGAAAAGCCAAAGAUUGGAAAUAUUUGGGAAGAUCCUCCUUUUAUUGAUCGUAUAGUUCACUUGAAGAACCUUCCUCGCGGCUUUCAUAUUGCUCGUCUUUUCCGCUUCAUCCGCGGGGGAAUGGUGGAGCACGUCGAGCUGAUGCCACCAAACAGUGAAUACAACACUUCGAGCGCAAUAAUUGUAUUCGUCGACCCGGACUCGGUCAAAAGCUAUAAAAGUUAUCUCAAAUCCCCUGGCCUUGCUGUUGAAGUGAACCAGCGUGUCGUUUUUGCAGAAAACAUCAAGCCUGAAAUCGUGGCAAAUAUCCGCUCGUUGGGUCACCACGGCGCCCGCACCCGGUGCUUGCACAUCGAGUCGUUACCAAAGGGCACCAUGCUAGGGGAAUUCCUUGGAGUUAUCGAGGAAAACAUGAACCACUGCAGCAUCGAAUUUGAACAUGCUGCUGUUCGUGAGUCUAAAGACUGGUGUGAGGCCUUUCUCAGACUACUCAGCAUCGGCACAGCGGUCUUCGUCGCUCAAGUUUUGGAGAGGAACUAUACUGGUAUUACUAUCACAUAUGAUAGGGACCCGUGCGAGGGUCCGGUGGAGGAACUGGAUAAGAUCAAUUUGGAAUUAAGAUAG